AUGACCUCGGGGCAAAGGCGCGGCGCCAUUGAUGACAGGACGAGUUCAAGGAGGAGGAGAACGAAAGCAGAGAAACGGAAGAAAGGAUCAAGCAGCGACGGGACGUGUUCUUCCGUCUCCGAUAAACUGAUUGCUCUAAAAAGCCUGAUUCCGACUCAAGAUCAAGAUCGAGAAAUUGUGAAAGCCGAGCAGUUAUUUCAAGAGACGGCGAACUACAUUGUUCGUCUCAAGGCACAAGUGUUCGUCUUGCAGAGGCUGGUUGACUUGUACGGAUCUAAUCAGGAGGAGGACCAGAUCGAUGCCGUUCUUUAG